UAAUUCGCAAGUUGUUGAAUAUACGUAUAAGUUCAUUUAAAAGAUAUCUAUAUGCAUGGAAUGUUUGUUUCGUCUGAAUAACUAAUUAAAUAGGCGUACGAUAAAUGACACCGCCAAGAAAAAUAACAAGGCUUACUUCAGCCAAGUAAACAAGUAAAAAAAAAAAGUGCAUAACGAAACUGAAAGUGUUCAAGGGCGUACGCAAUUUUACAGGCGGAGGGGAACGAAGAGGGACUAAAAGAAGGAAUAAAACCGAAUAAAAGAACGGAGUCAGCUAAUUUGUAUUAAAACCCAAUUGCAGUCAAAACUGGUCUCAAGUGUUCCAGUCUCCUGAGGUAGGGGGCGCUGUUUCUAAAAAUGAGUCUCUCGGGGGAGCCAGAGGCCAAAAGAAGAAAACUCAGCACUGACAGAAACAGGGUCCAGGUAGAAAGAGCAGAGUCACCUGUACCCAGCUGCGUGUCUGUGAAGAGUGCUCGUUCAAUUGAACAUCCAAUCAACUUUAGAGUAGAGUUCACAGGUGAUCAAAGGGUCCAGGUAGAAAGAGCAGAGUCACCUGUACCCAGCUGCGUGUCUGUGAAGAGUGCUCGUUCAAUUGAACAUCCAAUCAACUUUAGAGUAGAGUUCACAGGUGAUCAAAGGGUCCAGGUAGAGAGAGCAGGGUCACCUGUACCCAGCUGCGUGUCUGUGAAGAGUGCUCGUUCAAUUGAACAUCCAAUCAACUUUAGAGUAGAGUUCACAGGUGAUCAAAGGGUCCAGGUAGAAAGAGCAGAGUCACCUGUACCCAGCUGCGUGUCUGUGAAGAGUGCUCGUUCAAUUGAACAUCCAAUCAACUUUAGAGUAGAGUUCACAGGUGAUCAAAGGGUCCAGGUAGAGAGAGCAGGGUCACCUGUACCCAGCUGCGUGUCUGUGAAGAGUGCUCGUUCAAUUGAACAUCCAAUCAACUUUAGAGUAGAGUUCACAGGUGAUCAAAGGGUAGAGCAGUCACUGGAGUCUAGCUCUUCAGCAGCGAAGAGUUCAGAGAAAUCAUCUUACCUAAAACAGUCUCUCCUGCGCACUCUGCUGAAGCUGAAGAAGGAUGAGAAGUUGAAACUGUUUCAGAGCCAUCUGAGUCAGGAUUGCCCAGAAUGCUUGCAGAGUCUGUCUGAAAGUCCUUCCGUGCUGGAUAAGUUUAUGAAGAUGAAGGAAUUGUUCAAGAGUCAUCAAAUUGCUGAUUACCCAGAAUGCACUGAGAGAGAGCCGGAGGAUCCUGAGGCCCUGUACAUAGUUGAGAAGAUGCUGGAGAACUGUGGCAGUGAGGGGUCUCUGAAGAUCACACUCCACAUCCUGAGGAACAUGAAGCAGAAGGAUCUCGCCGACUCACUGGAGAGAGAUGAGCAGUACAGUAAGAGUUCUCUCUCAUUGCUACUGUGUGUCCAUUAGAAUACUGAAAUUAGUUUAGAUAGCAAAUCUAACCAUGAACAAUGUUCUGAUUUAUAGCAUCUACACUUUCCUAAUAAUGUUUUUCACUGACAAUCUUACAGACAGAAAACAUAAACAACAUGCACACAGAGGCAUUUAUAUUUAAAUACAGCCAACAGGGAUUCAGAGCAGGAACCUUGUGCUCAAAAGCCAAUAACUAAACCACUGUCCCAUCAGACAGACAGCCUUGAGUGUAUAUCCAGAACUAAAGAGCACUCAGGAUAAAAAUAUUAGAUUUUAAAAUUUACUGUGAGACCUGAGAUGACAGUAUUUACCACAAGGACAUGUCCACAACAUAAACCUGAGAAAUGAAAUG